AUGGCGUCCUUCAAACAGCGUCUUCACCUCCACAUGUCAGACAUUUCUACACAUCAGUCGUCACCUCCACUCUCACCCAGAAACCACCUCCAGGUUCCCCCCUACCACCUCACUACUCAUCACCUCCCCCAGGUGACCUCCCCCCACCUCCACAAUGUGACUCAGCACUUCCCAGGUCCCCAUGUCACCUCCCCUCACCUUCCUAACCCCCAGGUCCCCUUCUCUCAGGUUCCCUACCCCCUCGUUACCUCCCCUCACCUCCUCUCCCCGCCACAGCACACCCUCUACAACCAAAACCACGAUCCAGGUUUAAAUAACCCUGACUGGACCAGAUCUGAACCACCUUUUGACAUUUCCAGGAGCUUCUGUUACUCAUACCAGAACCAGUCCACGGCCAACGUUGAUCUCCAGAACCAGUUCAGUCCCAGCACGACUCACCACAGGGAUGAACUGCCAUACAAUAGUCACACAUACCUCACCAGCUGUGUGUAUGAGCAGUGCGACACACCCAGUCCAGUCCAGGACCCCUGGAGGCCGGCUGUGCCCCAGCUUGGCUCCAUGACCGGAGGAGCUGCUCUGGGGAGAUGGGGCUCCGCUGAGUUCAACUCAUCAUCUGAAGACUUCUCCAUCAACCAGUUUUUCGACGACAGUUACAAUGACAGCAGCGCCCCCCAGCCUUUCUUUAGCCCCACCACCCCCGGCCCGAGUCCUCAUUACCCACAAACCCCAACGAUCUCCAGCCCGGAUCCUCAAAUGCACCAUGGUAAAGAGCGACUGAGUUUUCAAACAUCUAGACAGCUGAGUAGAGAUAAAAGCUGCCAUCUGCACGAGUAUGACAGCUACCUUAUGACCUCUGACCCCGGGCACCAGCAACCUCAGCCGGCAACCCAACACCUCGACCAGAGCCAACCUGAGCUCAUCCAGGACAAGCCGGGUCUCCUCCAGGGGGCCGCGAGGAACUCUGAGAGCUGUUUCCCUCCGCAGGGAAGAGGCCAGGACGUCAGCGGCGCUGCCCAGUCCCCAGACCUCCCCGCUGGGCUGAGCUGGAAGGAGGAGAGGGGUGGAGGAAGACGAGGAGGAAGAAGAAGAGGAGAUGAUAUUCCAAAAUCAAGAAGACGAAAACCUGAAAGCAGCACAGAGGCUGUAAAGUCCAGGUUGCUUUGUACAGUGUGUAAGCGUGUGUUCCAGAGUCUGCCAGCAUUGAACGGACACAUGCGUUCCCACAGCGGAUCCAGAUCAGCUGCAUGCUUCAAAAAGGGUGAGGACCCCUCCUCUCUUUUCCAACCCUCCACCUCCCUGGUGAUGCCGGUCUCCGUGCCCGUCCAAUGCAGAGGCUCGCCCAAGGCGUGUCAGAGUGAAAGGCAGGGAUGCAGACCAAUGUCUCCGACCACCGGAGGCAUUGCACUGCUCUACCGGAGCCUGAUGCACCAAGAAGAAGGAGAGGAAGCUGCACGCUACACCCCCCCGCCCAUGCUCCACCCCCUGAGGGCGGGGCCAGGGCUGUUCUGCUCCAUCACCACCAGGAGGCAGCAGAGAGUUCAAACUGUGCAGCUUCAUAACACACACAACGAUCCCGUUGCCAUCGAGACAGCCUGCCCUCUUCCUGGGACACUAGCCAAAAAGCCGCAGAUCAACGAGGGGCGGGACUUCCAGGCCGAUAUCCCAAAACUACGUGUCCAAAAAUACGCGGACUCCGAUUCCCACAAUGCACUGCUGCUGUGGACACCGUGUGACGAGUUGGAAGAUCCUGUGAACCAACAGAGAGUUGAAGCUCUCCUGACGAUGGCUCGCUCCAGUGUGGUGCCAGGGGGUGGGGCCAGCCCAGAGUCCGCCCUCCAUGUCCUAUCAGAGUGCAGAAGAGACUUCCUGCUGACGGUGGAGAAGCUUCUGUCAACACCUGAAACCCCCAACAACAACAACAACAUCAAACCAGCUCAACAGUAUCCAAGUGUCAGUUGGAGCGCAGCCGAGAGGAGGUUGUUGGUUAAAUCUCUGCAGCUGCAUCAGAAAGACUUCAGCAGAAUCCAGAAAGCUGUUAAGACCAAGUCGCUCCCUCAGUGUGUCGAGUUUUAUUAUCUGUGGAAGAAGAAGCUGAGUCUCAGCGUGAAGACCCCAGCUGUGCUGACCGUCACUCUGCCCCACAAGAGUGGAUGAAGGUUCAUCAAGACCUCCUGAUGCUUUAUGAACCAGAGCCAGAGCGACACACUACGUACCAACACACAGAUAUUUUUUUAGAUAAAUGUUGUUAUUAAGGCUUAAACUGUGACAAGUUUACUUUUAGUUGGUAUUUAACCAGCAUGUCAACUUAAGUAAAGCUUCAUAUCAUUACAUUGUAUUUAUUUGCUGUUCUGGUAUCAGAAGAUACGCAGUUGUAUUAAUAAAAAUAUUUUUGUAUAUCUUUUGACGAGCUGAACAUUAAAGGAAAACAUUUCAGUGCAGUCAGUAGAUUUGAGUGUUUCUUUUCUCUUCUGAAAGUAUCAUUCAAGCAUGAUGAAGACAUUGCAUUAAAAACUGGAAAAAUGUAAGUUUCUUGCUGCAAAGCUCCAUGUUUUCUGUCAGACUGAGAUCAGCUCUGUAUUAUACUUCAUUUCUUUCAGCUCAGGUCUGUUGAGAUAUUGUUUUUCUUACUUAAUCCUCUCAUUCUCUCCUCCCUCCAGGUCUCAAAGCCAAACAAAGCUUCAGUUAUUACAUCUAGAAAAAGAAGAAGAAAAGUAAACAUGAGAUGCUUCAGGCUCUCUUUCUGUCUGCAGCUCUUUACAAUAAUAUCCGUCUCUGUCAUCACUUCAGGGAAACUA